AUGCCGUCGUUGCAAGACCUAUUAUCAGCACGUAAGCAAUUAAAAACGACAGAAAUAACAAAAACGCUACCAAACGGAGAGGUUAUCGUGGAAAAGAAGAAUGCCGAAGGAGAAUAUGAGGAGGAGAAACCAGAAACUUCUAAAAUUUCCAAUAAAAGAAGGAAAAAGGUAGAAUAUUUGAAAAGAUGCGGAUUUGUGAUUGAUUUGGAGCCAGAUUUAACUAUUGGAAAAGCAAUGGAAGGAUUGACAUUUGGAAGCCAAGACGUCGCUGCUGACUUGGAUAUUUUGAAAAACGAAAAAAUAACGCACAUCCUAAAUGUGGGCACUGGAAUACCCAAUCAUUUUCCAAACAAGUUCAAAUAUUUAAAAAUCGACAUUUUGGAUCUUCCUGAGACCCAAAUCGCCGAUUAUUUCGAUGAUAUAUUUUCGUGGAUUGAUAAUGCGAGAAAAGAAAACGGAAUUGUUUUCGCGCACUGCAAUGCUGGAAUUUCGAGGUCCGCCACAAUUGUCUGCGCAUAUCUCAUGAAAACGUUAAAAUUAAAGGCGCAUGAAGCGAUGGAGCAGUGCCGGAAAACUCGAGAUAUCCGACCAAAUAGCGGAUUCAUGAAGCAGCUAGUCGAAUACGAGUCAAAAAUUUGA